AGACCGUCUCUUUUUCUUUUUAACGUUAACGUUGCCGGAAACUUAGCGAAUGUCUUCUUCUUCACGUACAAAUGAGAUCUCUCUUCUCAGUAAAAAGAUAAAUCUACCCUUGCACUAUUUAAAAUUCACUUCUUAUUUUCUCUUCACAUCUAUGUCCUUUUUGGUAAACUCGCAACCUCCACUGACGGACCGUGACGUCUUACUCGACGUUAAACGGCGGUUGGGUAAUCCGCCUUCUCUCAGUGGCUGGAACGCCACCUCCCCAUCUCCGUGUAGCUGGCCGGAGAUAAGCUGCUCCGGUGACGGAUCCGUCACCGGGAUAUUCCUCAGUAACUACAACAUCACUUCGCGAAUUCCGAGUGAAAUCUGCGACCUUAAGAACCUCACAACGCUCGAUCUUUCUUACAACUAUUUCCCCGGCGAAUUCCCGGCGUUCAUGUACAACUGUUCGAAGCUGGAGUACUUGGACCUCUCUGAGAACUACUUCGUCGGCCCCAUUCCCGGCGACAUCGACGGGCUCCGGGAGCUUCGGUACCUGAACAUUAGCUACAACAAUUUCACCGGGAACAUCCCGCGCACCGUCGGGAACUUGUCGGAGCUCCGAGAUCUGAAGCUGUGUUGCAAUCAGUUCAACGGCACCUUCCCAGUCGAUAUCGGAAAUCUCUCCAAUCUCGAAAACCUGGAAAUGGCGUACAACAGCUUCUCCCCGUCAGCGAUCCCGGAGGAAUUCGGUAAAUUGAAGAAUCUCAAGGUCAACUGGUGGUCGUCGACGAAUUUGAUCGGAAAAAUUCCCAAAAGCUUCAACAAUUUGUCGAGCAUGGAGAAAUUGGAUUUAUCCCUUAACAGUUUAGAAGGUGAAAUCCCACAAGGUUUGUUUCUGCUUCCAAAUCUCAGCAACUUAUAUUUGUGGAAGAACGAUCUGUCAGGUUCAAUUCCAUACGAUUUCGCUGGAAAUUCGAGAUUGGCUGAAGUAGAUUUAUCCGAUAACAACUUGACCGGAGAAAUCCCAGGUGGGUUCGGAGAGUUGCAGAGGCUCCAGGUUUUAGCUAUCUUCUCCAAUGAGUUAUCAGGUGACAUUCCAUUAGGCAUAAGCCGAAUCCCAUCUCUGAAAGAAUUCAAAGUAUUCUCGAAUAAUUUGAGAGGGAUUUUGCCUCCUGAGAUGGGGCUCCAUUCUAAGCUGGAAACUCUAGAAGUUGGUGAUAAUAGGAUCACCGGAACGUUGCCUGAGAACUUAUGCGCCGGCAAUGCCCUGGCUGGAUUAACAGCAUAUAAUAACAAUCUCACCGGAGAAAUUCCUCAAUCACUUAAGAGUUGUGGCACGUUGUUGGUUAUUCAACUUUAUAAUAAUCGAAUGACAGGGAAGAUUCAAACAUGGUUAUGGACACUCGAGAACAUGGUUACAGUGAUGAUCAGUAACAACUCGUUCUCUGGUAAUCUUCCGAACAAGGUCUCUGAGAAUUUAACUAGGUUAGAGAUCAACGACAACCUGUUUCAUGGAGAAAUCCCCGCUAGUAUAUCGCGGUUGAAGGGUAUUCUUGUAUUUCAGGCCAGUAACAAUCUACUCUCGGGUCGGGUUCCAGAAGAAUUCACUGGUCUUUCUAAGCUGAUUGAACUGAAGCUAGAUGGAAACUCACUUUCUGGACCGCUUCCACAAAGGUUUCUGUCUUGGACAUCCUUGACUACGUUGCAUCUUGCAAGAAAUCGGCUUUCUGGCAGUAUUCCAAUGGGAUUGGGUUAUUUGCACAAACUCUCUGAUCUAGACUUAUCACAUAACCAAUUCUCUGGUCCAAUCCCUCCGGAGUUAGGUCGUUUGAGCCUCACUAAGCUUAACUUGUCAUCAAACAAGCUAUUUGGGAGAAUCCCCAACCAAUUCGACAGCCUCACCUUUGAAAGUAGUUUCGUGAACAAUUCAAACUUGUGUGCUAACAACCUGAGACUUCCACACUGCAAUGAGAAAAUACAACUCUCUAGCCAUUUGCAAUAUAAGAUUAUUGUUCUUAUCAUCGUCUUGGCAUCCAUUGUUUUCCUUGCAUUUGUAGGAUUAAUCUUGACCAUGAUUAGAUACCAGAAGAGGAAGAACCAAAGGCUUGAUGUCACAACAUGGAAGAUGAUCCCAUUUCAAAAGUUGGAUUUUAGUCUAGAGACCAUUGUUUCAAAUUUAACAGAAGACAAUAUGAUUGGGAGUGGUGGUGCAGGAAGAGUGUACAAGAUUACCACUGGGAUAUUGGGUGAGUAUGUUGCUGCGAAGAGAAUACGAAGUGGCGAAUCAAAGUUGGAUCUUGAGCUUGAGAAGCAGUUUCUUGCAGAGGUUGAGAUACUAGGUUCAAUCAGGCACAAAAAUAUUGUUAAGCUGAUGUGUUGCAUUUCAAGUGACGAGGGAUCGAAAUUGUUGGUCUACGAAUAUAUGGAAAAUGAGAGUCUUGAUAGAUGGUUGCAUGAAAGAAAGAGAGGCGUUCUUCAGAAUGUGGGAUUGGACUGGCCUAAACGAUUGCAAAUAGCCAUUGGUGCCGCUCAGGGCCUCUCUUACAUGCACCAUGACUGCGUUCCUCCCAUAGUUCAUCGCGACGUGAAAUCAAGCAACAUCUUGUUGGAUUGUGAGUUCAACUCUAAGAUUGCCGAUUUUGGUUUAGCAAAAAUAUUGGCCAAGAAAGGUGAUCCAAACACCAUGUCUGCCGUUGCUGGAUCCUUUGGUUAUAUAGCACCAGAGUAUGCGUAUACGCCAAGAGUGAAUGAGAAGAUUGACAUUUAUAGCUUUGGGGUUGUGUUAUUAGAGCUCGUGACAGGGAAAGAACCCAUGUUCACCGCCGGCGGGGAGGAGCAUGCCAGCCUUGUGGAAUGGGCAUAUCACCACCAUUCAGAAAAAACAGCCAUUGAUGAAAUCUUGGAUGCAGAAAUCCAGAAACCAAAGUUAUUCCAAGAGGAUUUAAAGACGGUGUUCAUCCUCGGGCUUGCCUGUACGAAUAGGAGUCCUUCAAACAGGCCUUCCAUGAAAGAAGUCGUGCAAAUUCUCCAACGUUGCCAACCUCUUACUCACGUCUUAGAGGGCAUGGCAUCGGGGAAAAACCACGAUGUGGAACCUCUACUUGCCAAUGACAACUUGUCGGCUACAGCAAAAGAUGAUGAUGAAAGUGGUAAUAAUAUACUCUCCAUUGCGUAACACUCAAAAGAAAAACAUAUACUCUAUAUAUAGUUAAUAAGUGGGAAACAUAUGCUCCUUUGUUUCAACUCUAGUUAGUGAUAUACCGGCCCUCCUGCAUAUAGAUGGCCAAUACAUAGUUUUGUAUCAAAUAUGCAUGUACAUGUACCUAAUCACACCUAUGUAUAGUCUCUACCUGAACGAGGAUGAAGAGACCAAGGUCUCUUGAAAGUUUUGAAAUUUCGAUGAGCCCAGUGAAUCUUUGCAGAGUGUGUCGGGUGAGAUUAAUAGCUUAACUAUAUAAAGUCCGGAUCCAAAUUUUUUAUUGGCUUGGUUUUGCUCCCACUUUUUGGUAUUGUGUUCAUGUAUUGGAGGCCUUCUUACACCUGGUGUUGGAUUUUUUAUUCAAACAACUGGGCUUGGCUUCUCUGAUUUUGGGUGCUCAUGGUACUGUUCAUGUUCUUGGUCUAUAUUUGCUGUGUUACUGUGAAUGGUCUGGGCUUAGCAGCUUGUGCUGUUCGUUUGCUUUGCUGUUUUGGAUGGAAAUACUACAAGAAUGUGGACUAUACCUGAACCAUGUUCUGACCACGCUUGAGUAAGGAGUCUACUGCAUUUCUUAUAACCAUUUUCGAACAGCAACUUUUACAGGGAUGCCUGAACCUGCUUGCUGCUUGGAUGAUAAUUUGUGCUGGCUUCCCUACCUCCUGUCUGUGACCGAUGGGCAGUGGCACUUUUGGGUAGGGCUUGUUUACUGCAUUUCUCACUGCCUCUCUAACAUCACAAUGUUGGGAAGCCAUUGCUGAGUCUCCGGAUUCCUAUGUUUCAACACCAUCAAGGGAAGGGUACGAAUGGCACCCGUUGGUGUUUGAAAGCUGAGACUUCUUGUUGGUAGGCCUUUCCUCUCGUGUAUAGAUGCCCUCUCCUCCUCCUCUCUGUGAAGCGCUGGGGUUUGUGGAUAGAACUCUAUAUUGCUGCCUUCUUUGGAAUAUCAACUUAAUGGGAAACCAUUGUUGAGUCUUGUAGAUUCCAAUGCUCAACACCAUACAAGGGAAAGGUACGCAUGGAAUCCCCCUGGUGUUUGAUUUACGUUUCAACCAUAAAGAUUGUUAUUCUGUUGAGGAAAGCCGAGUUGUUCUUCUUUAUAGCCCUGUCAAGCUCUUCGUGCUUGUGGCCUUAGCUUGUUGCCCCAAUUCUUUGCUUCAUUUGGUUUCUGUUUUGGCCUUGCUACUGAUUUGUGGACUGUUGUUUUGAGUCUUUGAAUGCUGCUGGAACCAUGGUACUAAUAGGGGAGGAAGAUGGGGCAGUGGAACACUCUGAAAGACCUGUCCAUUGUGUGCUAUUGAAGCUUCCUGGUUCUAUGCUGCCCUUAGUAGUCUGAUACAGGUGUUGGACUUCAUCGCGACGUGAAAAUCGAGCAACAUCUUGUUGGAUUGCGAGUUCAACUCUAAGAUUUCCGAUUUUGGUUUAGCAAAAAUAUUGGCCAAGAAAGAUGCGAACACCAUGUCCGUCGUUGCUAGAUCCUUCGGUUAUAUUGCACCAGAGUAUGCAUAUACGCCAAGAGUGAACGAGAAAUUCGACAUUUAUAGUUUCGGGGUGGUGUUAUUAGAGCUUGUGACAGGGAAAGAACCCAUGUUUGCGGGCGAGCAUGCAAGCCUUGUGGAAUGGGCACAUCACCAACAUUCAGAAAGAACAACCAUUGACGAAAUCUUGGAUGCAGAGAUCAAGAAACCAGAGUUCCUUGAGGAUUUAGAGACAAUGUUCAUGCUCAGGCUUGCGUGCACGAACAGAAAUCCUUUAAACAGGUUGUGCAAAUUCUCCACCGUUGCAAACCUCUUCAUGCAUUAGAGAGGAAGAUGUCGGUGGGAAAAACCCGCGAUUUUGAACCUCUACUUGCCCAUGACAAUUUGUCAGCUACAACGAUACACUCGAAGAAGGCAGAUCGCGAUGAAAAUGAUGAUAAUAUACUCUCCAUUGUUUAACACUUGAAAAGGAAAAACAUAUGUUCCAUAUGUUCUCUAUUUCUUUAACAUAGGGAUAUAAUUAAAAAAAGAAAAAAGUAUAGAUCAAAGUAUAGAUCUGUCAAUUGUUUUGUGUUCUAAUGUUCUUGUGGUGUGAAUGAAAGAAGUGCUCAGUU